CGGGGCGUGCACGCCUCUUCCGCCCUGGGCCCGGAAGGGUGAUGUGGCUGGGGCUUCGCCGGCCUCACUAUGUCUGCCAUUUUCAAUUUUCAGAGUCUGUUGACUGUAAUCUUGCUGCUUAUAUGUACCUGUGCUUAUAUCCGAUCCUUGGCGCCCAGCCUCCUGGACAGGAAUAAAACUGGGUUGUUGGGUAUAUUUUGGAAGUGCGCCAGAAUUGACAAAAGAUAUAAAUUUAUGAACAAUGCGACUGAGCUCAAUGAGGAAGCUCUGAAGAUGACAAUGACCUUGAAGAUUUUCAUUGGCGAACGGAAGAGUCCCUAUGUUGCAAUAUGCUGUAUAGUGAUGGCCUUCAGCAUCCUGUUCAUACAGUAGCUUGGAAAAAUGCCAGAAUUUGUCAUCAGAUUUCAAUAUGAAAAAAGGACUUAUCUGCAGAAAAUAGUGGAAAGAAUGGUUAACCUUUUUAUCUCUGAACAUUGAAUGAGAUAAAUUUCCAGCUGCUGUUCUCUAUUUUUGUUAUUGGACCAAUGUUCUAUAUAAAUAAUUAGGAUGCAACCAUUUAAUACUCAGAGUUUGAUAUGUCUGUAACAAUCAGCCUCACUCCUGUCACUACAAUAUUACAUUCUGCAAACAUCAUUCUGUUGUGUCAGAUACCAGUUUUUAGUGAGGUAUCUCUAAGGUACAUAGAAAACAAAAUUGGUAAAUUACUCAAGUUACUUUCACUGUGAUUUGGAAAUGGUAUAUCUUUAUAGAAUGAGGCCUUUUUUAGACUAGCUUUUUUAUUGAAAAAAAAAGGUUCAAUUUGUGUUGGUAAGGAUUGCAUUCAUAUUUAAUAAUGCUUGCUUUUCCUCUGGCCACACCGUUUUGAGCAUUAACCAGAGUACCUCUACUCUUAGCAAACUGUAGCUUAUUACAGUGUUUAAACUAUUUAAAACAAGCCUAUGCAGUUCUUAAGGAGGAAGAUAAAUGAGAAGUGAUUUAAGAGUAGUAUUGCUAAAAUGUUCAUAUUUAACAUAGAAAAGUUUAGAAUAGCUGACUGGCUUAGAAGCCUCUGCAGCCUCUCUGGUUAAGUAUGGAUAGAUGUCUUGAGCAUAAAUUUGACCAGCUAACUGUCGUUCUCUAAACAAGACUGCAUUCUUAGAAUGAAAAGAGCAAAACAGAACACUUACAGAAUGAUAAUCCUAUAUAUGUUUUUCUUUUUUUAUUUUUAGUGUUAGGUCUCCACUUAUUUUAAUUGCUCCAAAAUGCAAACUGUAUUUUUUGUUGUUUUUUAAUACAGCACUUUAAAUCUAGUUUAUGUUUUGUCUGUCAACUUGAACUGGAAUCUCUUGUGUAACUUAGUAGGUUAUGAUAAACAGUUUUUAAAUCUACUUAUCCAUAUAUCAUGGCGUAUGUGUCUUUGAGCUUUGUUAAUAAAGGAGAAACUUCAGUAGUUUUCGUUGAGGCAAGAGGACCAUUGGGAAUGUGACUUACAAAUCUUGCAGUAGAGCCGUUGUUUUAAGUUUAUGGUUAACAUUUCUUAAGUUCAACUGAAAUUGAGUUAAAAUUUCAAAGCUAAAAGGAACUUACGUAUCUUAGCUAAAAAUUGCCCGUUAUAGAUGGCAUUAAUUAAAUAUUGUUUUCAGCUAUUAAUUCCCCAUAAAGGUAAAAAGGAAUCCUUUAUUCUUUUUCUUUUAAGAAAAGAAAAUUCUUUAUCAUUAUUUUAAAAUGAGUCUGCCAGUAGCUGUUUCUGCAGAAACAAAGUAUGGAACUGAAAGCCACCUAUUUUUAAAGACCACAUUAAACUACGUGGGAAGAAUUCUAGGAAAUAUCUAAAAAAAGUUUUUAUGUGUUGCUUGCUUUUUUUUACAAAAGGUAAAAGUUGCUGCCCACUGUCAGUAUCUGUUUAUUUUACAUUUUUGGCAUAUCUAUAGCUGGUUAAAAGUGGUAUAUUUCGCUUUAGACAAGGAAUCAGGUUAUGAUAAUUAUUCCUACCCUGACCUGUCUCUUGGGCUUUGCAUUAGGUCAAUGAUUUUCAGGGUAUCCCAAAAAUAGGCCUCUCUUAUAAGCAUAUACGUGCAAGUAAGUCACCUUUCUGGGUCUAGUUUCUGAGUGGCCAUCUGUUGUCCAACUCUGCUGCCAACUAGACUUUUCCAAAAGCUGUGUCAACUAAAUUUUUAUAUGCUGAUACAAAUCUAAUAUAACAAAGGAAGAAUAUUCUACACAAUCAGUUCUAAAACAUUUCUUUAAUUUGACAUUUCAGAGGCGGUAGGUGGAAAGUGGAGGAAGAAUUAAUUUCUUUGGAAACUUUGUGGUAACAAAAAUUUUUACUCUGUGUAGAUACUGAACAGAGUGGGAGGCAGCUUAUUUCUGACCCAAGACAUUCUGACCUUUUGAAACACAAGCUCUUUGGGAGGUGGGAGAAAGACACAGGAUUCUAUGAAAAAAAGCAGUUAGCAUUUUCUUUACUGUAUUUUUUUCAAAGACCUACCACUGAAUCCUGUUCUCUAACUCAAAGGCAGCGUAGGUAGGUUUAAGCCCGUGGAAUAUUCAGAGAUUUUUUUGUGGUCUUGCUGGGGUGGUAGGAUGCAGACGAGGAUUAAAGAUCAAUUUAAGCCUCGGAUGAACCAUCUCUGUCACUCAGACUUUGCAGCACUGGAUGGGAUGAUGGGCACUGAAGUCCACAUCUUACUAGAUUCAAAUACUCUCCCUAACCCCCUUCCUGGCUCCAGAAUCUUGAUUCUGUCUCUCUGGAGUUUGUUUUGUGCUGAUGUUUAGUUCCUGAUUGGCCUCAGCUGUGUCUGUGACAGGAGCAUGUCUUGUUUCCAGGCAGUCUUAAAACGUGGUCAAUCAAAAGGCCACAUGGUCAGUUAAAUUCCUUCUGUGGCUUAAAAAAGUUUGGAUGCAAGUCCAAUGUCUUGUUAUUGCCUGUGCUGCUGUGCCAGGCAAUAUUCUGAAUGUUCUUACAUGUUCAAAUUCAAAAUAACCCUUUCAUGCUGGGGAUAAUAAUAAUAUAUAAUUUGUAAUAGAUUCCUUCAUCUUAGUAAUGCCCAGAUCAGUCUAGUUUUAUCUUAUAAGACAAAAUAGAGGUUUGAAUGAGGUAACUUCAAGUUUACAAAGUCUCUGCCUGGUUUUGUGAAAAAGACCUAGCCCUUGUAAAUAGAAUAUGUGUAUUUCACCAUUCUUUCAAGAAGCAUUUAUAUGUGUAUUUGGUAUAUUAUCCCUGAAGAUGGUCACAAGUACAGUUUCUUCCCUCUAGUAGUUCAUAAUGUAGGAGGUGAGAGAGAGAUGAAGUUAUUAUUAUUAAGAUAAUGCUAGGAUUCUAGAGGAAAAUAAAAGAAGGACAACUCAGAUAUGAACUUCCUUCUAGAGGAGCAUGCUUCAGUUGAAUUUAAGAGCAAUAUGCAAAAGCACCAGUGGUACAUUAUGGACCAUAAAUACCUAGCUUGUGCCAAUUGGGGAACAUUAAGACAAGUCUAGACAGGUGGACAGAAGUUAGAUCCUAGAGGGUCUGUAUUUUUCUCAUUAUUGUCUAUUACCUACCUCAAAAUUGAAAUUGAAUAUAUGUUCUCUCCUGCCUGACAAAAAACUUCAAGAAAAAAAUAAAGUCCUCCCUUGGCGUAUGUGUAAACAUGGUUAAAUAUAUCCAUGCCAACCUGAAUUUGGACCAGGAAUAAAAUAGUGUACUCUCCAGACUCACCUGCGUAGCAUAUAAAGCU